AUGGAAUCAGGUGCCUUCACAGCCGCUCUGUUUAUCCUCUUCUUUCGCUCACCCUUAUCGCCGCAGUUUCGUCGUGAAUUCUCAGAUUUUAGGGCGUUCUACUGUGGCGAGAAAAGUGGUUCGAAGAUGAAUCAUUGUAAACUUCAGGAGAACGCCUUCAUGUCCCGUGACGAAUCCAGAGGAUCUGUUGUUUGCCCUAAGCCUCGUCGUGUUGGCAUUCUCGCCCACAACGUUGUUCGUUCCUUUAGAUUGCAUUCUGGUCAGUCAGAAUCAGGAGCAGCUGAUGUAUGUGGUGAUUCUAAAGCCGGUGCUGAUCUUUUGGACAUUAUUCGUAGAAAGGAAGAAACAUUAUCUGCUGUAGCUUCAUCACCUCCGUUUUUCUUCGGGUCUCCACCGAGCAGAGCAGCGAACCCGUUAGCUCAAGAUGCGCGGUUCGGCGACGAGAAACUCAACCCGGUCUCACCCUCGCUCUCACCAUUCCUCCCAUCUGCAUCUCCAUCUCGUGUCAAAGGAGUAGGAGGUUGUGGGAGAGUGAACUUUGGGCUGAAACCAGCAGCUGUUAGAGUAGAAGGAUUCGAUUGCCAAAACUCGAGCAUCCCUGCCAUGGCUUAG